UGCAGCCGCAGACGCGCUGCUCAGCCCGCUGACAGCCGCUUCCAUUCCUUUGGAUUUCUUCAUUAUUAUUAUUAUUACCUUUAAGGUGGAAGGACUUUUUUUUUGUUUGUUUGUUUGUUUUUUUUUUGUUUUUUAACAGCACUUGAGAAUAAUAAUAAUAGUAAUAAUAAUAAUAAAAAAUGGACCGUGCAAGGUGUAGAACUGCCCUUCUUCAGGUACACUUUGGGAACUUGUGAUUUUUUUUUGUUUCUUCUCGGAGAGGAUAUCAUUCGGAGACUGGGAUUGUUUUCUCUCUCUCUCUCUCUCUCUCUCUCUCUCUCUCUCUCUCUCUCUCUCUCUCUCUCUCUCUCUCUUUGAAAUUGUUAAUAAUCUGGAUAACUCGUCGACAAGGAAGCGCCUCAUGUUGCCUUCGUUGAGCGUGUCACCGCCGGACUCCACCGCCGCCACGAGAAGCGUCUCCUCGCCGGAGCCGUGUGCGUAAAAGGCGCACGGGGGGGCCGCAUAGGAGCUCCAGGAAGGUGGCGGCGGUGGUGGUGCUGGUGGUGCCCCCCUCCACCCACCCCCGCCUUCUUUCCUCUAUCGGUCGAGCGGAAGCAGGUGUCAAGAUGUCGCCGCUACCUUCCAGGUUCUUUUACGUGUGUUUACAUUUCCUGGUCCUCUAUUUUCAACUGCAGGAGUCGCAGCAGAGCUCCGCCGACUUCCGCUUCUACAUCGAGAACCACACGAGGAACCCGGACGACCUGAGCCGCAAGCAGGUCCGCAUCUACCAGCUGUACAGCAGGACCACGAGCAAGCACGUGCAGAUUCUCGGGAAGAAGGUCAACGCCAAUGGAGAUGAUGGGGGCAAGUAUGCUCUUCUCAUCGUGGAGACGGAAACAUUCGGCAGCCACAUCCGAAUAAAAGGAAAGGAGAGCGAACAUUACAUCUGCAUGAACGAGAAAGGCAAAAUCGUCGGAAGGCCCGACGGCAGGAAACAGGAGUGCGUGUUCGUGGAGGAGUUCCUGGAGAACAACUACACGGCGCUGGUGUCGGCCAAGUACAAAGGCUGGUACCUGGGCUUCAACCGCAAGGGCCAGCCCAAGAAGGGCUCGCGCACCACCCAGCGCCAGCAGGAGGUCCACUUCAUGAAGCGGGACCCCAAGGGCCGCGAGGACCCACUGGAGGAGUUCCGCUUCACGCCCGUCACCAAACGCACGCGGCGAGCCCGCCGGCUAAAAGCCAGGAGGAACUGAUUGAUCGACAGACGGUUUGAUGGACGGAUGGAUUGAUCGACGGCACUCAGGACGGCGGACGCUCCACGAACAAUGUCGUCUUGAAAGAAAAAAAUAAUAUUUUUCUACUUGACGCAUCCCGCCGUCUUAUUUAUAUGUACGGAUAACCCACAGGAAGCUUUUCGGGACACCGUCUUUGUUGACUGUCAAGCCAGGAGGUGACGCAACGCCGUAAAAAUCAGCCAAGCGGGAUUUAUUGGAAUCUUGUUUGUGUUGCCCCGCGAUGACGAGGACGCCAUACUUUCCACUGGAAGAGGACGCCAUGGAGAUGGGAGGAAGAAGGCGGGACGCCGCCACUGGAAUGACUGUGUUGCUUUGAGUGCAAUAUUUCACACAGCAUUCUAUUAUAUAUAUUUGUUUUUUUACCCGAUUCCAUGUCUUCCGCCUUCAUCGCAGACGUGCUACUAGACUUGUCCGAAAAUAAAACUCCAGAGGUUUUUGUUUUUUUGUCAGUGAUGAAGACUUCCUCUACCUCCUGGUUUCUUCUUUUCCACUCCCCCCCCCCCCCCCGAGUCAUCAGUGAACUCUUCUUCUUGUGUUUUCUACUGGGAUGCUCCAUUAAUGACUUCCCCGCUUUCUCCUCCUCCUCCUCUCUCCAGUAAUGUGUACUCACCUGCCUACUGGCAACCUUACUAACAACGUGACACACAUUUAUGAUCUUUUUUUUGUUUUAAAUGUAAGCAAAAAAAAUUAUUUUAUGAUUAUUAUUAAGAUAUUUAUUGCCUUCCCUUUGUAAAUAAA